UUUACCGGCAGAGCGCGUGAGCUGCACACCGAGCUCAUCCUCACACCCACUCCCACAGAGUCACGCAGAGACAUGCUGGGGUGACACCACACUCCACGGGGUCACACUCACACUCACAGCAGCAGGAAAAGGUUAAGAAAAAGACUAGUCUCCUCCACGAUGACGGCUAAAACUCUGGAGAAAGUCCCGGUAAAUCUCGGGGGGUUCGCGCAUCCUGACAGCGUGUACUCGGUGGAUGACAUCAGCUCCAACCUGCCGGCCUCCGUAGCCAUCUUCAACAACAGCGAGCUGGGAGCGCACUACGAGCACAUCAAUGUGGCGGACGGCCUGAUGAACUCAGAGAUGAACGCCGCUGACAAACGCUCUCUGGAUCUCUCCUCGUAUUCCGGCGGUUUCUCUCAGCCCGCCAACCACAGGAACCAGACCUUCACCUACAUGGGGAAGUUCUCCAUCGACUCUCAGUACCCGGGGAGCUGGAACCCUGAGGGCGUGAUCAACAUCGUGUCAGGGAUCUUCAAUAUGGCCGCUCCCCCUCCUCCUAACCCUAACCCUCCCUCCUGCUCCUCCUCUCCGGCCUCCUCCUCCUCUCCUCCUCACUUCUCCUCCGGACCGCUGAGCUGCAGCAUGGCGGCGGCGCAGAUGCCUGCAGACCACCUGUACUCGCCCCCUCCUCCAUACUCAUCCUCAUCGGGCUGUGGCGAGGCGUACCAGGACCCCUCCGCCUUCCUGUCGCCAGCCUCUGCGUUCCCCCCUCCCUCCUACUCCUCGCCAAAGCAGCAGGAUGGCCCCGGUCUGUUCCCUAUCCUCCCGGACUACCCGGGCUUCUUCCCGCCAGCCUGUCAGCGGGACCUGCAUGGCCCUGGGAUCCAAGACCGGAAACCCUUUGGCCCAUGCCCCCUGGACUCGUUCAGAGUGCCGCCACCACUCACACCCCUGAACACCAUCAGGAACUUCACUCUGGGAGCACCUGGAGGCUCUGAUGGAGGGCCCCCACGGCUCCCAUCUGCCUACAGUCCCCAGAACCUCCCGCUCAGACCCAUCCUGCGGCCCCGGAAGUACCCCAACAGACCCAGCAAGACCCCUAUCCAUGAGCGGCCGUACCCGUGCCCAGCAGAGGGCUGCGACCGCCGCUUCUCCCGCUCUGAUGAACUGACACGUCACAUCCGGAUCCACACCGGACACAAGCCCUUCCAGUGCCGCAUCUGUAUGCGCAACUUCAGCCGCAGCGACCACCUGACCACGCACAUCCGCACACACACAGGCGAGAAGCCCUUCGCUUGUGACUUCUGCGGGAGGAAGUUCGCACGAAGCGACGAGCGGAAGAGACACACCAAGAUCCACCUGAGGCAAAAAGAGAGGAAGUCCUCAACGGUGUCUUCGUCAUCUUCCUCCUCCAGCAGCUCCGGGGGGGAGCGCGGAGCAGCCAGCGUCAUCUGCUCAUAGAAAAGACUAUUUUACUAGGGAUGCAUUGAUACUGAAGGGUUUAAGACCUGGUACCAGCAGGGUCUUAGACUUAGGUCAUCACUGUUACUGCAGAGUUUAAGACCAGGUACCAGCAGGGUCUAAGACUUAGGUCAUCACUGAUACUGCAGAGUUUAAGACCAGGUACCAGCAGGGUCUAAGACUUAGGUCAUCACUGAUACUGCAGAGUUUAAGACCAGGUACCAGCAGGUUCUUAGACUUAGGUCAUCACUGAUACUGCAGAGUUUAAGACCAGGUACCAGCAGGUUCUUAGACUUAGGUCAUCACUGAUACUGCAGAGUUUAAGACCAGGUACCAGCAAGGUCUUAGACUUGGGUCACCACUGAUACUGCAGGGUUUAAGACCAGGUACUGGCAGGGUCUAAGACUUGGGUCACCACUGAUACUGCAGGGUUUAAGACCAGGUACCAGCAGGUUCCCUAGACUUAGGUCAUCUCUGAUACUGCAGGGUUUAAGACCAGGUGUUGGCAGGGUCUUAGACUAAGUCAUUAGUCAUCAUCAGUUUUAACUAAGCCAGUAAUCUUGUACGGAGCAGUGACCGGACUUUUUAAAAACUGAUCCUACUCUCUAUUGAGUUUAAUACCAGCAUCCAGGGGCAAGGAUACAAUGGCAGAUAAAUCCAUCACACUUACAUGGCUAAAAAAAUAGUUUCAGAAACUGUUUUCAUGGAAACCAAAAGUGAGUGACAUAUCUUUAAAUGGUCAGAGUAAUUUACAGCCAACUGAUUUUUAGUUUGAAACGACCUGAAAUUUUCCCGCUCCACCUUAACCACUUUAACAUGAGACAUGUAUAAUUUAUAACAUGAAACUCAAGUAUUUACCUCUAUAUUUCUCUGCUACUAUUAUUAUUCAUUUAAAUCGGAUUCGAGUGAGUUUUCAGAGCUGUCACAUAAAGCCUUUGCAUCGUCACAAAGUCGACCUUGAGUGUUUAUUUAGUUUUAAUCAGGCAUCUGCAAAGACGCCUUUGUUUUCCUUUCUAAUACUGAUAUCUCUACAAUAACUGUGACUGUGUUAAACCUUUACUUGUGAUGUAAAUGUCUCUGAAGACAAUGAUCAAUUUUUAUAUAGCACAGAAGCUAGCUGUUUAUUGGAGUGUCACCUGCUAAUCUGGCCCCAAUUAAACCAUGACACCAGUUCUCUACAUCAGAACAAAUGACUGAUAACAAUGUAUCAUUCCAGGUUAAUUUUCUGACUCUUUUAUUAGUUGCAGGACGUUGAAACAUUUAAACAUCUAAUCAUGUGUUUUAUGAUCAUUUGAAACUUCAUUUUAUUUUUUAAAAUAAUAUUUAUUUUUUAUUUGAGGUAAAUGACCUAACGGCCCACCUGUAGAACCUCCAGGGCCCACAGAGAGACGGGACCCACACUUUGGGAAGCACUGAUUAAAGUUUGAUUUAUCUUCAUCUGAUGUUCCUAUGCCCUCCUUUGUUCUGAUUGAUUUUUCUGAUUGAUUUUUUCUUCUGAUUGAUUUUUCUGAUUGAUUCCGGCAUCAUUUAGGGUUAGCAUUAGCCUUCAGCUCAGCUAAGCUCAGACUGCAGACUUGGCUCCGCCUACUCCUUCCUGCUGAAACACUGACAGGCUAACAUGCUGCUGAAUGAUCUCUGGUACCAGAGUCCUUAGGCAUGGUUUUAUCAAUGCAUCCCUAGUGGUUACUAUGGCAACAUGACAGACUCUAACCCUCCAUAAAGACCAUUAUGAUCCUGACUCUGACGGAUGAAAUAUAUCAGUAGGAAUGAAGGAGAACUCUGUACAGCUGAUGUUUAACGCCACACGCUUUCUUCCUGCAGGGACAUUAAAGAGUCAGGUGGCCAUGAUGAGGGGGCGUGGCCUCACAGCAAGUGUGGCGGUGUGAAAUAAUAACUGCAAUAAUGUUUGAGAAGUCUUAAAUUAUUGACAAAUGUUUAUAACGUGUUAGUGUGAGCCUCAGUGCCUUGGUCGUCUCACUGAUGAAGGACGCUGUAACGCCGGGAGCGUGUGCGUGUUUGUGUGUAAUUGUGUUAUGUGAGCGUGUGCGUGAGCGUGUUGUACAGCUAUCAGAGUAUAUUUUUGUACUGGUGUAACUCGAGUGUUCAUGUGUUUAAACGUGUUGAACUCAUCUGGUUGUGACGUGUCUGUUUGACUCUUUAUUAAAUGUUCAGAUAA